UCUGAGAAAGGGUUCAGCCUUUUGCAAAGAGGCACCAGAGUUGAGACCUUGGAAUAAAAGUUGGAGAAGUAUUACAAUUCAGAAAGUGACAAAAAGGGCAUGUCAUAAAUAAAGUCACCCUACCCUACACUACACUACACUACACAUGCUCAACAAAAAUUCCUUUAGUCAACUCAACUAUAUAUCACCACAGUUCUUAUCCUCAAUCUCUCUUUAUCAACUAUGUUGCAACCCUUCAUCACUUUCUUCACCUUCCUUCAUAGGAAGGCCAAAUCCAUGUUCAAGCAUCCAAGAAGAAUCAAAGAAACCCUAGCCAAGAGAAAAUUCUCUUCAUCUUCUUUCCUUGAGAUGGAACUUUCCUCUCAGUUUCAUCAAGUUUUCAAGCUGAUUGACUCUAAUGGGGAUGGGAAGAUCUCAGCCAGUGAGCUGAGUGAGGUGCUUGCAUGCCUUGGAUACAACAAGUGCAGUGCUGCAAAAGAAGCUGAAUGCAUGGUCAGAGUGUUGGACUUCAAUGGAGAUGGGUUUGUGGACUUGGAUGAGUUCAUGGUUGUUGUCAUGAAUGGCAUGGAAAAGGAAGAAAAAGACGAAGAAGAAGAAGAAAAAAUUGAUGGUUAUCUCAUGGAUGCUUUUCUUUUGUUUGAUAGUGACAAAAAUGGCCUCAUUUCAGCGAAGGAACUGCACAGAGUUCUGUUGAAUCUAGGGUGUGAAAAUUGCAGCCUCAGAGAGUGUAAACGUAUGAUCAAAGGUGUUGAUAAGAAUGGAGAUGGCUUUGUAGAUUUUGAAGAAUUUCGAUGCAUGAUGCAAACUGGAGUUGCAAGUUAGAAGUGUUUGUGUUUCUGUGUUUGUUUUUUUUUUUUCUUUCUUUCUUACUUUUCUCAGAACACAAACAUGUCUCAACUAAUGUAAUUAACAUGAUGGUUUUUUUUUUUUUUUUU